AUGGUCUCGUCUCGCAGAUCCCGACUCUUGAUAGUCGCAGCCAUCGUCGCAACCAUCUUCUUCUUCAUCUUCUCAACCGCCUCCCGUAGCCCCCCACAAUCAGCAGGUCCCGGACCUUCUCCUCACAAACCCGCAGAUAAGGUGUCUCCAGAAAUUGCAGGAGCUUUCAAAGCUGCCCAAGAUAACGUCCGUCUGCAACCAGAUACAGAACUAAAAGUUGCUGAUGCUGGUGUUGCUACGGAACAAGUUGAAAAAGUGGCUCCAGUGGCUGAAAAAGUCCCAGAGACCGCACCAGCUGUCAAGGAAACCCCCCAAGAAAAUCAAGAAUCUGAACCUGCUGCUGAUCAAGCUCCGGCUUAUGAUGCAGCCGCAGAGUACGCCAAAACUAUUCGUGACGCACCUCUCGUCAUUUUCUCUAAAAGUUACUGCCCACAUUCCAAGUUUGCCAAACAAUUACUGCUCCAUGAAUACUCAAUCACCCCAGAACCCAUUGUUGUUGAGCUUGACCUGCAUCCUAACGGCUCGGAGCUCCAGCAGCAUAUUGGCGAUGUCACGGGCCGCAGAACAGUUCCUAAUAUUCAUGUGUUUGGCACUUCGCGCGGCGGUGCAGACGACUUUAGAACCCUCAAGGCUGAGGGCAUUGUGGUUGAGAAAUUGCUUGAAUGGGCAAAGCAUGGACUUUAUGAGCAUAAAGGUCCAGGCCCUGCCUUUACUAUUAAGCAAAACCAACAGUCUCAGGAAUAA